AUGGAUGCAUUCGACUGCCUGCCGCUGGCCGCUCUCCUCAACCAGCAGUUUCUGUGCGUGCACGGUCUGCAGGGCGGUCUCUCCAGGAUCACGCAGGGUCAGCCUCUGGAGGUCUCUUACGGCAGUCAGGUGACUUUGAGAAGCUCCGCCUCCCAGCCCGUCCCCUGCUGGCUCCACUCGCACAAAGCCAACUACCCAAUCAGGUACGAGAAUGGGCGGGGCAGCUCCCACCAGCAGCAGGUCACCUGUUACCCGUUUAAGGACGUCAACAACUGGUGGAUCAUCAAAGACCCCGGCAGACAGGAGCUGGUGGUCAGCAGUCCGCCCCGACCUGUCCGUCAUGGUGAUGUCAUCCAGCUGGUCCACGGGAUGACCUCACGCUUCCUCAACAGCCAUGAUGUGGCAGCUCCCAUGAGCCCUCACUCUCAGGAGGUGUCGUGUUACAUCGACUUUAACGUUUCCAUGGCAGCACAGAACCUGUGGAGGGUG